CUCGCAGGACGGGAGUGCGGCCGCCAGGGAUUAGCCACGCUCCGGACGCGGCCGGGCGCCCCGAAGGAGGUGGAGCGCGGUGCCAGGGGGCGGGAGGGGAGGGAGGGCAGGCAAGCUGCAGACGAGCAGAAAGGAGGCGAGGCCGGGGAAAGAGGGAAACUACGCCCGACAACUAGGGAGGGGGCGAGAAAGAGAAGAAACCCACCCACCCACUCAGAAAAAAAGCAAAAGAGGAAAAAAAAUCUCGUGUGGCGCGCCGCCUGGCUACCGGGCAGCCUCGCCAGCAGCAGGGGGUGGGAGCCGACGCUGCCGGAGAGUGAGCAGCCUGGCAGGCACGGACAUGGUGCUCCUGGCGCAGGGCGCUUGUUGCUCGAACCAGUGGCUGGCGGCGGUGCUUCUGAGCCUGUGCUCCUGCCUCCCGGCUGGGCAGAGCGUGGACUUCCCCUGGGCGGCCGUGGACAACAUGCUGGUGAGGAAAGGUGACACGGCGGUGCUCAGGUGUUACUUGGAGGACGGAGCCUCAAAGGGUGCCUGGCUCAACAGAUCAAGUAUCAUUUUUGCUGGAGGUGACAAGUGGUCAGUGGACCCCCGCGUUUCUAUUUCCACAUUGAAUAAAAGAGAUUACAGUCUCCAGAUCCAGAAUGUCGAUGUGACGGACGAUGGCCCGUACACCUGUUCUGUGCAGACCCAACACACACCGAGGACGAUGCAGGUCCACCUCACCGUACAAGUUCCUCCGAAAAUAUAUGACAUCUCAAAUGACAUGACCAUCAACGAAGGAACCAAUGUCACCCUUACGUGCUUGGCCACCGGGAAGCCAGAGCCUGCCAUUUCCUGGAGGCAUAUUUCCCCAUCAGCAAAACCAUUUGAAAAUGGACAAUAUUUGGACAUUUAUGGAAUUACAAGGGACCAGGCUGGGGAGUACGAAUGCAGUGCGGAGAACGAUGUGUCCUUUCCAGAUGUGAAGAAAGUGAGAGUGGUCGUGAACUUUGCUCCUACAAUCCAGGAAAUUAAAUCUGGCACUGUGACCCCUGGACGCAGCGGACUGAUAAGAUGCGAGGGCGCAGGUGUCCCGCCUCCGGCCUUCGAAUGGUACAAAGGAGAGAAGAAGCUCUUCAAUGGCCAGCAAGGAAUUAUCAUUCAGAACUUCAGCACAAGGUCUAUCCUCACAGUGACCAAUGUGACACAGGAGCACUUCGGCAACUAUACCUGUGUAGCUGCCAACAAGCUGGGCACAACCAACGCAAGCCUGCCCCUCAACCCUCCAAGCACAGCCCAGUAUGGAAUCACUGGGGGUGCCUGCGACCUUCUCUCCUGCUGGAGCCUGGUGUUGACACUAUCCUCCGUCCUCAGUAUAUUCUACCUGAAGAAUGCUGUCCUACAAUGAAUCUAAAGACCCAUGGAAGGCUUUGAAGGAGUCUCUGAGUGUGCUGAUGGCUGGAUCCAAUCUCGUGCAGUUAGGUUGAAGCAGCGUGGGAUACAAUCGGCUGUCUGUAACCGGGUGACGCCGUGUGUGGAAUCACUGGUUGUGUAAAUACUUUCAUUCUCCUCUCCUUUUGAUUAGACACACGACCUUGUGAAGCACUGCACAUUGUCCUUUUUUAAGAUGUGAAAGCUCUGAACUUACUUUUAGAGGAUAUUAAUUGUGAUUUCAUGUUUGUAAUCUACAACUUUCAAAAGCAUUCAGUCGUGGUCUGUUAGGCUUCCGGCUGUAGUUUACAUGACAAAUAUUGCAGUGAACACAUGAUUCUUUAAGGCUGCAAUACAAGGGUCCCGUGCCCGGUUUCAAUAAGAGUCAACCCACAUUUACAAAGAAGCAUUCUUUUUCUUUUUUGAUAAAAAAAAUCAAACAAUAUUGCCUUCAGAUCAUUUCUUGAAAAUAUAACACAUACCUAGACGUCCCCGCUCGCAUGACAUCCAGGUUUUGGAAAUGAGCCUUGUAAUAUAACUCGCUGUGCUUCUCCUUCUAAGUUCAGCAUGGGUGUGCCUUCAUAAAAUAAUCUCCUUGUCUCUGACAAACACAUAAUGUUUUCCUAAACUUUGCAAUUUGGAAGCAAAAGCAAAUUACACCACUAAGCUAAACUUCACCUCAUUUCUAAGGGCCAAGAAGCUGUUUUAUCAUUACUCAUGGGGCCUGAGAACUUUGCCCACAGCAUCUCAGUUUUCUUGAUAAAACAAUCUAAUAACAUGGUUGAAGUUGAGGUUAAAUGUUAGUGCUGUUGUGGAAAGGCAUAACCAGUCAGAGGACAGCACACCCUGCUCAAGAGACCCCAGGUAAUGUAGCAGUCUCCUGCACUGUUCAAGUCAGUGUCCUAAUUCGGCUUCUCUACAGGGACACAGUCCUAUCACCAUUAGAUGGGAGUUCGUGAGUGCUCAGAUCAGUCUGCUUUGACAUCAUAGUGACUGUCAUUCGGUUGAUAGGAAUGCAUGUUACGUUCUUUAAAAUUCCAAAUAUUGUGCAUCCAUGCACACUAGAUCAACCCUGAAGUAACUAAUCGUUCACCAAAAUCUUGGUAGUCAUUUCCACUUGAGCCGAUUCCCAAACUGAAGACUCACCAUGCUUCGCUGCAUCUGACAGGACACGUGAGAUGCAGUCAAAUGGACACAUACCCACAGAAGGAGGGCGUCAUGGGACAUGUUAACCACUAAACGAUUGUGAAUAUUACAUUUUUUCUAUUUAAAGAACAAAACUACAUUUUUGAAGGAAAAUGCUGUUAGUCUAACUACUAUAUUACAGGAAUAGGCUCAUGGUCUUGCUUUUGACCAAAGAAAGACCAGAGCCUUGAAAGCCAUUUUUCAGGUCUGAUGAAGUUGCCAAUUUCAGCACGCCUAGGUUGCUACAGUGACCUUCUGCACACCCUAAUUAAAGACCUACUCUUAAAACUACACACAAGAACUUUUACCAUGAUUAUUUUAGAUAGUUCAUGUUUUUCCCUAGAAGGAUGGCUUUAAAAUUAUGGGGUUUUUCUUCUAAACAAACUUUAGACCCAAAAAAUACCAUAAAUCAAUUUUAAUUAGGAAAAUGAAUCAUAAGUGAGGGGACAUAAAUAUAUAGUCUUCCCAUGAAACGGCAAUAAUGUGGCAUAAUGCUAUUAAAUUUACUAGCUGUAAUAAAUUUAGGUCAUUUUGAUUGAUAUAUUAAAAGUGAAUUUUGAAAAUUAUGGCAAUUAAAUUUCUAGGUGAUUUGUUACUAAAAAUGUUCUUUGUGGAAUUAGUGAGCAAACAACAAAAUGUGUUUCUUUGUAUUGCAGCUUUAAAGUAGCACACUCCACAAUAACCUACUUAUUAGAGAUAGCGGUGCUACCAUGGAGUGUUGGCCACCUGAACUGUUGUUUGGGGAGAGAAGCAGAUGGAGAAUGCGUAUUAUACAGUGACUGUUUCCCUAGAGUUAAACAUGCCUCCUCUGUGUAAGGUGUGUAGGGUACAUGUGAGGUAAACUGAGGUAUAAAAUACAGAUGAACCAAAUGAUUAGUUCUAAGUGUUGUCAUGAUUCCAAAUCUGUGGAGUCUGGUGUUUUUCCAUAGAGUGUGACAAAGGACAGUCAUAGCUCAGUAGCUACACGUAUUUGCCUUUAUGUUAGAAGAGACUUUCUUGAGUGACAUUUUAAUAGAGGAGGCAUCCACUAUGUUUUUCUGUAUUACAGCAGCAUAGUCCUUAGGCGCCUGGACAGAGUGAAAUCAUGAGUAUUUAUGAGUUCAGUAUUGUUCAAAUAAGGCUACAGUAUUUGCUUUUUUGUGUGAAUGUGCAUAUAAUGUUCAAGUAGGUGAUUUUACAUUUACGGGCAUCUGAAAUGUCUGAUUACUCCAUUUUAUUAGUCCUGACUGUACAAGAUUGUUGCAAAUUCAGAAUAGCAGUUUUAUAAAGUUAAUUUAUCCUUUGAUCUAUAACAAUUUUUUUUAGCUAUUCAUUUCAGCAUUAUGUUUCCCACAAUACCCAUUUAUGGGAUUCCUUUUGUUGCCCCUAAAUUUUCAAAGAAAGAGGGAAAGAAAAAAGUGAUUGAGAAAAGAGAAUGAGGAGAGGAAAAAGGAGAGUGGGGGAUAAACAGAAAAGAUUGAGGAAGCAGAGAUGGAUUGGAGGGGGUGGGGUGAGGCAGAAUUUCUGAGCCUGUGCGCUGCGUUCUUGGUUUAACUGCAAAUGGCCUAAUGUUUGUGCCAGUGCUCUAAACCUAAGUCCUUUUAUGCCCUGAGGUCCUGCUGGGCAGAAUUGAUUUCAUCAUCAGCACAACCCAGGCCACAGUACUGAGUGCGUUGUGCAGACACUGAGAUUUGAGAGAAAGCAUUUCCAUCAUAAAGUCACUUUAGGGUUCAUAACUUCACUGAAAAAUUAUCCUCUUAUAACAUUUAUGCUAUGUCUAUAAAAUAGACUGGAGAGCUGAGAAUUACCCAAAUAAUUCAGGACAAAACUGCACACAUAUAGAGAAGUACCCCAGGCUGUGAAGUCUGAACACUCUAAGCAAAUGAACUAUCAAAGUCAACCAAUAACAGAUUGAAUUACUGGAUAAUUGUUAAUUUACCCAUUGUGCUUAGCUUUGUAACACAGCUGAGAGUUACCUAUUUAAUCUUUUCAAUAAAAGUUUUUUUUGAAAUUCAGAAAUGAUUUAAAAAAGAGGUCAGGUUUCUAACUAUUUAUUGAAGUGUGUGGGUGUACAGUAUUUCAAUAAAUAUGAAUAUGGAUAAAUGGUAUUGCCUUAAGAUCCUCUGAAAUGUACUUACUUUAAAGACUGGGAAACUCCCUUCCUGUCUUUAGUAAAACAUCCAUAUUUCAUAAUCUGAUGUAAAAUAUGUUGUACUGUUUCCAAUAGGUGAAUAUAAAGUCAGUUUAUCAA